GCGUUUGUUUUACAUGCCAAAGACACCGCGCGCUCGGUUUACUCCGGACCACAAAACGAGCGCACCCUGUCAUGUCGGUUGCUCUCGUAAGAAGAAGUGAAGGACAUGUGAACGGUCCGAGUCUGGUUUCCCUGCUCAGCUGAAGAAUUUGUGCCGCAGUUUGAGUCGUGUGUGCCGGUCGCGUCGGUGUGUUUUGUGUCGGUCGCCAUGUUUUACCGGAGCAGGACCGUCAGAGAUGUGCUCAGUCUGUUCCCCGGAAAGCGGCGUUUGGGCUCUUACAGGUUCCUCCCGAUCUUCUUCUGCAUCGGAGGGGUCAUGGAGUGGAUCAUGAUCAACGUGAGGAUCGGAAAGGAGACUUUCUAUGAUGUCUACCGAAGGAAGCGGUCAGAGCGGGACUACCAGCAGAAGAUUGCAGAUGGCUCGAUAGCUCUGAACCAGCCCGCAGACAAAUGAACGGCGGCUCCUUUUUAAAUAUGGACUUUGUUGGACUCUCUGCUUCCCCUCAUUCGAGUCACUAUCGCUGUGUAAAGUGUGUGAGUUAUCAAGGAGUCAGGAUGAAGCAUGCGGGUUUUAUUAUCUAUACAAAUCCUCACCUCAAAAUACACAAGUCAAUAUUGCAGUGAUAAUACAAGUCUGAAAAUAAUCAGAAAAAGGUCCUGAAAACCAUACAAAGUCCCACAAUGCUCAGGAUGACUUUGCUGUGAUUGACUGCUGACAGCACCUGGAGAGACAUACCCAUCUCAGCUCAAACCUGGCUGAAACGUCGGCGUAUUUAUAGACACUUCAGAAGAUUUUGCACAGAUGUGCCAAACACAUGCAAGAUAGGUGAGAAAUGAAAACAGCUGUCUUUUGGUUUGUGAAAGAUCUGUUGUAUAAUUAUUCCUUCUAUUUAGUUGUGGAAAAAAAAACAAACAUUAAAGCUCUUUGACUGGAAGGCAGGUUUAAAGA